UCAGGAUUACCAAGAAUGCAAGUAAUUCGAAACUACAAAGGAAUACCGCAACCAGCGCCACAGGAUGGUCCACCAUUGCAUAUCCAGAUUGGGGACACUAUUGAACUGAUUACAGGCGAUGCCCAUAGUUUAUUUUGGCAGGGUAGAAAUCUAACGACAGGAGAACUGGGCUUCUUCCCAAGUGAUGCGGUAAAGCCUAGCCCAUGUGUUCCUAAGCCAGUUGACUACUCAUCGCAACUGUGGUUUGCAGGAGCAAUGGAAAGAUUGCAAGCAGAGAGUGAACUUAUUAACAGAAUAAAUAGCACUUAUCUGGUGCGACACAGGACUAAAGAGUCAGGAGAAUAUGCAAUUAGCAUUAAGUACAAUAACGAAGUGAAACACAUCAAGAUUUUAACAAGAGAUGGCUACUUCCACAUUGCAGAAAAUAGAAAAUUUAAAAAUUUAAUGGAACUUGUAGAUUACUAUAAGCACCACUCUCUCAAAGAAGGCUUUCGAAGUCUGGAUACUACACUUCAGUUUCCAUACAAAGAAUCUGAAAACUCAGUGGGACAGAGGGGUAACAGAGCGGGUGGCAACUUGCUAAGUCCAAAGGUGAUAGGCAUUGCCAUUGCAAGGUAUGACUUCUGUGCAAGAGACAUGAGAGAGCUAUCCUUAUUGAAAGGCGAUGUUGUAAAAAUUUAUACGAAAAUGAGUGCAAAUGGCUGGUGGAGAGGUGAAGUAAACGGAAGGGUGGGCUGGUUUCCUUCUACUUACGUUGAAGAAGAUGAAUGAAUUAAAAAUUUUUCUCUGCUGACCAGCAAUUUCAGGGAUUGUAGAAUUUAAUAACUUCAAGCAUUAAUGGUCUUGUUAAGUACUUAGGCAGCAGCAUUUUGUCUGUCUGAACCUUCCAGUCUUAUUGUUGGGAUUUAUAAAGAACUUUGUGUGAACAGAUUAUUACCUUGCCCAGAGCUGUGCAAGAAACAACCUGCCACUUUGCUGUCACUGGGGAUCAGUACAAAGUCCGGUGCUCACCUUCCCAGAAGAUUUCAGGAAAACAAAUUCCUUUAUUCUCUUUUUCUGUUUUUCACCCUGUACUACACCAUGAAUUGUAGGAAUGGCUGAAUUUUUAAUAAGUCUGUUUUCUUCUAGCUAACAUCUGUGAUGAUAUGAGGAGAUGAAGGCUUAUUGUUCCUUAUCACUGUAUGCAGAAAACAUAGUUCAGUCAUUCAGGUGGGCAUGAAGUGUAGUCAGUAGAUUUUUCAAAAUAUCAAACUGUCUUACUUAUCACCUUGUAAACAGUUGUACGCUAAAAAAAAUCAUUCUGAAGUAAAUAUGAAUUUUGUGAACGGGAAUAGCAUAUAUGCAUGUAUAAUUAGUUAACUGAAUUCUUAAAGGUUUUGCCUAAAUCUAACAAUUUGUUUAAAGAAGUCAUUUCUAAAAAGUUAUCGCUUGAAAAAUCAUCUGUAAAGUGGAAUUCUGGGUUUGUUCUUUGUCUUCUCAGCUUUGUUAAUUUAGUAGCUGAUAAUUUAAGUGAAACUUAGGGGUAAUUAUGGCAAGAGUCAUUUUAAAAUUGUAAGAAUUAGCAUUAAAUAUUGUAAUUCUAUUGUGUAGCAGGAUAUACUGAUGCAGGAUGAUUUCAUUUCAUGAGAACAAAAUUGUAUAUCUUAAUCUCUUGGAUGAUUCAUAUGAACUUUUUGAUGCUUCCAACUGUAAACUGUUUUUCCUGGUUAGACAGGAGCUUCUAUUCCUACUAAAGUCACCUUUUGUGCUCUUAGAAGUUAAUGCAGAAGGAACUUGCAGAGUUCAGCAUGCCUGUUCCCCUCUUGUUUCCUGUGAUUUUACUGGCAGGGCAGUGAGUGAUCUUGUUGCAGUGUUAUGAAUAUCCUUAAGUAACAGUGGAAACCAGAUUAGUUAGCUUGAAAGAUCAGUCCUCAAAGUGGCAUCUGCCCCUUGGGUGAGGCAUUUUUUUUAAGGUAUUUAUGGAGUGUCAGAAGUGCUUUAAGUUAAAAGAAAUGUGGGUGAUGCCUUCAGAUUUACUGUUUGUAAUAUUUAGAUAAUUUCUAACUCAUCUUGAAAACUUUAGAGAAAGUAAACCUCCUUCUUUUCUUCUUCCUGGCCUCCUGGCCAUUGUGAAGAACCAAGCACAGCAUAGAAGAUCACAGUAAUCCCCCUCCUCUCUGCAGCCAUCAUAUCCAUCUGUUACACCUAGCACAUGCUGUUAUGUGACUAGUUAAAAGUGAGGAUCACCUAAUUAGAAAUCCUCCACUUGUUAGGUUCAGUUUUGCAGAUGAAACUCUGCUGAUGCUCUUAACUUUCCAAGGAUUUACCUCAAAAUUAUGUAAACUGUGAUUAUAUUAAGUACAUUGCUUGAUGGAACAAUUCAGAGUGUUUGUAAAUAUGUACAUUAUGCAUAAAACAUUUUGUAAAUGACCUGUACAGCAGUGUAGACUGAGAUAUACUGUGUUUGAUCAUGUCUUGUCAUGUAGUUUUUUUGUCAGUUGUGAGUCUGAACCUAUGUUCCCUAUGUAGACAAAGUUCAUGCACAGUUUUGCCCUCUCAAGGGCUAGAUAAAUGGGCUAUGGACCUGUGAAGUGUUUAGUGCUUUGCUGUCAUACAGUUCUGAGAAGAAGUUUAAUUCAGUGAGUUGAGGAAUGCAUCAGUCAUUCUGGACAGCUUGGAUUUAGAAUCAUUUUGAGUACUCCCGCCAUCCUAAAAUUGCUGUAAAGCCUUUACGUGACUUCUGAAUCCAGUAAUCAGCCUUUGAGAAGAACGAAAGCCAUAGAUAAACUUACUUUUGUGGCAUAAAUCUACGUGUGAUUGUCUAUGUUUAAUGCCCUGUAUUAAUUGAGUUAAUGCUGCAUCUUAAACUAUAUUUUCAGUACCAAAGACUUCUAGAUAUUCUGGAGUAUUUCUUUCAUGUACUUCUUUUGCUUGUAUGGAGAUUUUGUUGUCAUGCAAUGCUGUUGUUACCAUACUUUAAUUUGUAACAGUUUGUAAAUAUGUUAAGUAUAAUAAACUGGUCAAUUUGUUUUUUGAAUAUGUGUCAAAAUACGUAGCUGACUAGUAUGACAUUUGCGUUCCUUUUGCCUCACAGUUUUCUUAUUGUGAGCAGAAAUUGAUAAUGUUGUUUUGGUUUCCCAGAUCUGUAUAAUCUUUGUUUAGCUGUGGGACUAAAUGGGUUGUUAUUAGUUUCUUUUCAUAGCUGGAAUAAUUUGUCUACUGCCACAUGAAGACAAGUGAUGUGUUUUGUUUGUGUUUAACUAUAGGGAACAUUGUGGAAUCAGUCAUCUGCUAUUGAUUUUUAUCUAUUAAAGCUGAUAACUUGUAGCAUUUAACUGAAAAAAAAAACUGAAAUGGGUUUAUGAAGUUUCCUUUUCUGUAUCAUGCUUCUUAGGAAUGUCCUUCCUCUUACACCUUUUUUUUUCUUCUGCAUUUGUCAUAUAUGGAUUAAUGUACAAAUUCCGGUUGAAUUGAGCUCUAAUCUUGAAAGUAGUCUUUGUUUACUUUCAUGGGCUACUUGAAAGUCUUUUAACGGUGUAACCCAUCCAUACGUUAUUUACAAUAUAAAAAAAUUAUAGUGCUUAUGGAAGUAUUUCUGGAUAGGUGAAUUAAUUCAGCAGGGUCAGUGAUGAUACAAUUCCAAUGUUGCUUCAUUGUGCUACUUCCAUUUUUCAGUAGCAAGUCUUUUCUUAUGGAACUACCUUUCUAACAGAUAAUUAUUGAACUGAAUGAGGCAUUUACACGUCUCUACAGAUGUAAGGCAUAAUUUUCCUGUCAGCCAUGAACAUGCCACAUAACUGAGCCACACCUAAUGAAAGAUGCAAAAAUGUUUCUCAUUUAAAUUCUCUUGUUAACAGUAUUGCACUCAGUCACAGAUCUUCUCCUUCCCCUUUUAUGUGAGAAGAAGGAUGCAUUCUCUGAUGGAUGAGAACUGUAAUUAGGGCACAAGAACCGCUUAUGACUGGGUACUGGUUGAAUUUUUCAGUUGUGAGGCUUGGAAAAUCACUUGAAAAUCUCAAUUUGGAAAAAAAAAAAA